CGCGCCGCGGGUGUUGCGGUGCCGGGCCCCUCCGCCUCCCGCCCGCUCCGCCGGGGCGGCGCCGCUGCUGAGGGCGCGGCCCCUGCCUGGCGUCCGGCGGCCGGGGAACAGGGGGGAGGCGGGAGCCACUGUCCAGCAGACAACACUACAUUACAGGACUUACUUAUUGACAUAUAUUUUUUGGAAUGAAGUAGAAAGCAACCUAGAAAAGGUGCAAUUAUUUAUAAGUAAUGACAGUUCAUUUAUCUUUGGAUGCAUAUUUAUUCUUUUUGAUUAACCCAAAAAGUCUUUGGUGGAAGCAGAGAAACAAAUAUCUGUGUUUCUGUAGACCUAAAGCCGGCUGGAGGAUAAAUCAUGCUGCACACCUGAGAGUUUUUCAUACAAGUGAGCCUUGGUGUAAGUGGGCCAGAAGCAGAACAUUUUGGUAUAACAAGUACAUUUAUUGCCAUGAGUUUUUAUACUACAGAGUUUCCAAACUUUUAACUUCUUCUUCUAAAGGACUUACAAGGCUGGGCAUUCGCAUGUCACGAAUUAAGAAUACUAUAGAAUCUGUUUCAAAGGCAGUGUCUGGCACUCACAGUGAGCUGGUGUCACGGAUAGCUCGAUUAAAGUCCCACUCAGGUACUUUGGGUAAAGCAAAUAAAAGUAGUGCAGAUGCAAAUAACACCAGCACAAAUCUAGAAAAUGAUAAACAAGUUACAGAUGUCAGAACUCAGGACGAUUGCAACAGAGGCCCAGCUGCAAAGAAAUCCACUUGUGCAAGUGAAAACUUGGACUCUGUGUCAGUAAGUUCAAGCAGCACUUGUCAAGAUACUCCAGAAGUUUCAGCAUCUACUAAAAACCACCUUUUUCAUAUAAGCUACUUUUCUACAAAUUUUGGAGAGACUUACAACUUCGUAGCUGAUCAUAUCAACUCUUACUUUAAUAAUUCUGUUAUGGAACAAGGAAGGAAGAGAAGUACUUUAUUACAGGACUCUGAAAGUGAAGAGAAGAAAAAGCUUGCUUCAUCAGCAAAUACUGUAACAAGUGAAGAAAAGAGAGUGAAUUCAGCAGGUACUUCAGCUCCUGAAGCAGAGAUCUUGGGUACUGAAAAGACAAAUACUCCUCUCCCAGUUUCCACUAAAAAAAGUAUUGCAGACUUUCUUUCAUAUCCCAGUAACAGUGUACAAGCUUUUGUCGACAGCUAUAUUGGUGGGUUGGUUCCAAAGUUAAGAUCUGAUACAAAAGUUGUUACACCAGAAAAGAAUAAACAGCAAGAACAAGAAGUGUCUGAGAAGAGUGAUGAGGACAAAGCAAAAGAGGCCAAGACUGCUGAAGAGAGGGAGAAGCAUCUUUCUCUUCAGAGAGAAAAGAUCAUUGCAAGAGUGAGUAUUGAUAACAGGACUCGAGCUUUAGUUCAAGCCCUACGGAGAGCCUCUAAUCCAAGAGUCUGCAUCAACAGGGUUGAAGAACUGACCUACCAUCUUCUAGAAUUUCCAGAGAGCAGAGGAGUUGCAAUUAAGGAAAAAUUAAUCCCAUGCCUGUUGCGACUGAGACAGGCUAAUGAUGAAAGUCUUCAGGCUGCUGUUAGAGAAACUUUAGCACUGCUUGGCUAUACAGACCCUGUGAAAGGCUGGGGAAUUCGAAUCCUCACCAUUGAUGGAGGAGGAACAAGGGGUUUAGUUGCACUUCAGACUCUACGGAAACUAGAAGAAUUAACUGGAAAGCCGGUUUAUCAGCUUUUUGACUACAUCUGUGGCGUAAGCACAGGAGCUAUACUAGCUUUUAUGUUGGGGUUGUUCCAUAUUCCCCUGGAUGAUUGUGAAGAACUGUACCAUAAGUUAGGAUCAGAUGUUUUUAAGCAGAAUGUCAUUGUUGGAACAGUCAAAAUGGGCUGGAACCAUGCCUUUUAUGACAGUGAUAUAUGGGAAAAAAUACUCAAAGAAAAAAUGGGCUCAAAUCUUAUGAUUGAAACUGCACGAAAGUCCAAAUGUCCAAAGGUAGCUGCAGUAAGCACCAUUGUAAACAGAGGAACACCACUGAAAGCAUUUGUGUUUAGAAACUACAACCACUUUCCUGGCAUUAAGUCCCAUUAUAUUGGAGGCUGUCAGUAUAAGCUGUGGCAAGCAAUUAGAGCAUCGUCUGCUGCACCAGGUUACUUCCAGGAAUAUGUUUUGGGCAGUGAUCUUCAUCAGGAUGGAGGUCUGCUCCUAAAUAAUCCUUCUGCGCUGGCAGUUCAUGAGUGCAAGUGUCUCUGGCCCAAUGUUCCGUUGCAGUGUCUGAUUUCACUGGGCACUGGUCGAUAUGAAAGUGAGGUGAAGACCAAUGUCACACACACCAGUCUGAAAGCCAAACUGACGAAUGUUAUCAACAGUGCAACUGAUACAGAAGAAGUUCACACCAUGCUGGAUGCACUGUUACCUCCAGAUACUUAUUUCAGAUUUAACCCUCUGAUGAAUGAAGACAUUCCUCUGGAUGAAAGCCGUAAAGAGAAACUCAAUCAGCUGCAGACAGAUGGAAUUCGUUAUUUAGAACGAAAUGAAGAAAAACUGAGAAAAGCUGCAAAAAUAUUAACACAAGAAAAAUCACCUUUGCAGAGGUUUCAGGACUGGUUAAGACUAAAGGCUGACAUGUAUGAAGGCUUGCCAUUUACUUCCAAAUUGUGAAUAAGUAAUGCAUGAAAGAUAAAUUUAAAUCUUGUUCCAGAAGAUCCAUUUGGUACUGUAAAGGAAGAACGUUGAUUCAGGGUAAAUAGCAUCUUUGGAAAGCUAUUAGAAUUCUGGAGAAAGCCAUUCAGGAUGGCUCUUUUGUGCACACUGGUUACAAGGUUUUAUGGUGUUAAUUAUUUUUGGAACUUAAAAGAAUCUUACUGUUGCUCUACCUUAAUAUCUAAAGUUAAAGUUUUCAGGUAAAACUGAAAAUUAUGGCAACAAUUGUGCAAUUCAUUUUUGGAUGUAUGUGCUAUGAUUGUGACAGAAAACCUUUAUUUAUCAACUAUGAGGUUUAUUCAAAGUUAACAAAAAAAAGAUCCUCAUUCAUUUUAGUGUAGGCACUAUAACUGUUAGGCUCUUAUGUAGGCAGUGAAUUUAAUAGAAAUGUAAUAUUCUUGCAAAAACUCUGCCUGUGUUAAUUGCACUUUUACAUCUGAAAGAUAACAUUUAAAUUUAUUUUUUUUUAUUUUAGUGGAUUUUGUACAUAACAGUAUUGAGUAAAAUGUCUGGAUGACUGUAAAUGGCCUAUUAAAUUAUCAACAUUAACUGGUA